UAUGCCAGUUCUGUCUCAAUUUUGGGAAACCAUUUUCUUAUUCACAUCCAUAAAAAGUCAUCAAAAAAUUAUUUGCAUUUAUUGCAGUAUUAAUUUCCAUUUAAUAUUCAUUGAAAUCAUUCAAUAAACAAAAUGUACGGAGGAGGCUCCGGCCCUAUUGUUGUGCUGAGCCAGAACACAAAACGUGAAUCCGGUAGAAAAGUCCAGAAGGAAAAUAUUCAAGCAGCAAAGAAUGUUGCUGAUGUCGUCAGAACAAGCAUGGGCCCAAUGGCCAUGUUGAAGAUGUUGAUGGAUCCAAUGGGAGGAAUCGUCAUGACAAAUGAUGGUAAUGCAAUUCUUCGUGAAAUAACUGUUCAACAUCCAGCUGGUAAAACAAUGAUUGAAAUAGCAAGAACUCAAGAUGAAGAAGUUGGUGAUGGUACAACAUCAGUUAUUGUUCUUGCUGGUGAAAUAUUAGCAAUUUCUGAACAAUUUAUUGAACAAAAUAUGCAUCCAACUGUUAUAAUUCGUGCUUAUAGACAAGCACUUGAAGAUAUUGUUGAAAUAUUGGAAAAAUAUGUAAGCAUUGAGCUUGAUGUUAAAGAUCGUAACAAACUUAUUGAAGUUGUUAAAUCUUGUGUUGGUACAAAAUUCAUUGGACGUUGGUCUGAAUUAGCUUGUCAAAUUGCUCUUGAUGCUGUUGAAACAGUAACACUUGAAGAAAAUGGUCGUCGUGAAAUUGAUAUUAAACGUUAUGCCAAGGUUGAAAAAAUACCAGGUGGUAGUAUUGAAGAAAGUCAUGUUUUAAAAGGUGUUAUGUUAAAUAAAGAUGUAACACAUCCAAAAAUGAAACGUCUUAUUAAAAAUCCAAGAAUUGUAUUAUUAGAUUGUACAUUGGAAUAUAAAAAAGGUGAAUCACAAACAAAUGUUGAAAUUAUGAAAGAGACUGAUUUUACAAGAAUAUUAGAACUUGAAGAAGAACAUGUUAAAAAAAUAUGUGAUGAAAUAAUAUCUGUUAAGCCAGAUGUUGUUAUAACAGAAAAAGGUGUUGCUGAUUUAGCAUCACAUUAUUUUUUGAAAGCUGGAAUUUCAGUUGUUCGUCGUGUACGUAAAUCAGAUAAUAAUCGUAUUGCCAGAGCUUGUGGUGCAACUGUUGUCAAUAGAACUGAUGAAUUACGUGAAGAAGAUGUUGGUACUGGUGCUGGAUUAUUUGAAGUUAAAAAAUUGGGUGAUGAAUACUUUUGUUAUAUUACUGAUUGUAAAGAUCCAAAAGCUUGUACAAUUGUUCUUCGUGGUGCUAGCAAAGAUGUAUUGAAUGAAACUGAAAGAAAUCUUCAAGAUGCAUUACAUGUUGCUAGAAAUCUUCUCAUUGAACCAAAACUUGUACCAGGUGGUGGAGCUGUUGAAAUGGCUGUAUCAAGACAAUUAAGUGAAAAAGCCAAUACAAUUGCUGGUGUUGAACAGUGGCCUUAUAAAGAACUUGCCAAAGCUCUUGAUAUCAUACCAAAAACACUUGCACAAAAUUGUGGUGCCAACAUAAUUCGUACCCUAACUGCUCUUCGUGCUAAACAUGCAACUGGUGGUAAUACAUGGGGUAUUGAUGGUGAAACUGGUGUACUUGUUGACAUGAAUGUUCGUAAUAUUUGGGAACCAUUAUCAGUUAAAAUGCAAACAUACAAGACAGCAAUUGAAACAGCAAUUUUAUUGUUGAGAAUUGAUGACAUUGUUUCUGGUAGCAAGAAAAAGAGUGAUGGAAAUGAAAAUUCUGGAGCUGGACCAACAGCUGAAUCUAUGAUGGAAUAAGUUCUAUUAUUAUUUUUUUUUUUUUUUCUUUGUGUAAUAGAAAUAUCGUCCUGAUAUUUUUAUACAUUAAAUAAUACUUAACAUAAUGAACAAAAUAGGAAGAUUCUCAUGGUUAAAAAAAAAGUAAUAAAUAAAACUCUUGAUUAACGAAUUAUAUAAAUAAUUUAAAAGAAAAAAAAAAACUUUUGUUUAAAUAAUGAAUUAAACAAAUGCAAUACUCAUUUCAGAGUCAAGUUUUUUUUGUUUUUUUCUUUAAACAUGAGAAUAUUCUGUUAAUUUUGAUCAAAAUAUUUUUAACCCAUUGCUUCUUAUUA